UACACCUCCUACUGCUGCCGGGUAUCGGUUUGUCAAUUAAAGGGUUUUUUUGGCCUAACACAACCAAGACCUUAUCAGUGCUUGGCGUUCGAGCCAACAUUUGGCUGCUUAAGGUCUCUUCAAUUUUUUGACGAGUUUACUUUGAUGACUGAAUUAUGGAGCUAAAAGGAAUGAACAUAUGGCUCCCUAUUUUGGUUUUGUUUUGGACCGGAAGCACAGGGUACUCAUACUCGGCGCACGAAGCAUGGCACAGCGAGUCAAUGAGAGACAAUAUCGAUGACAAUUUCGAUAUUGUGUUUCCUGAAAGAAUCAACAAGGGUCGCACAAAGAGAGAUCUUUCCACAGGAUCAAAGAAUGGCCAUGACGAGGAGGCGACAUUUAAGCUGAGAGCUUUCGGUAAAGAUGUUGUGGUGGAAGUUCAUCUUAACAAGAUAGUUUCUUCACCACAGUUUACUCUUCGUUAUUUUAAAGAAAACGGCCAGUUGGUUCAUAGAAAGGAGGCACCGCCUAACUGCCAAUAUCAAGGUCACCUGUAAGGUCAUGAGGCGCAGUCAACGGUCAUCCUUGAUACUUGUCAUGGAUUAAGUGGCUUGAUUGAAGACGAGGAGAGUAGAAUGUAUAUAGAACCAUACCCAGAAAAGGGAGAAGGAGCGCACAAGAUAUUCAAGACGAAAGACGGAAAGAAGAAAAUAUUUCUAUGUGGAACCAGUUUGAAUGGGAAUACCACAGCAGAUGGACUGAGCAAUUCAUUAACAAAAUUUAGGGUUAAACGGGAAGCUGAAGAGUCAGUGUAUAAGAAGUACUUGACAACAACGAAAACUCGCUAUACGGAGUUAAUGAUCAUUGUUGACAAUGCUGUGUACAAGAAAUACAAGCAAGACAUUAACGACGUGAAACGAAGAGUUUUUACACUAGUAAAUGCUGUCGACACGAUUUAUCGAAAGAUCAACAUUCGAGUUGUUUUAUCAGCGCUCGAAAUCUGGACAGACGAGGAUCACGUCCCUUUUGUUAAGAGAGCCGGCGAUGAUUUAAGAAACUUCGGGAGUCAUCACUCCAGCAGAGAAGCCGGAGUCACCUACGACAGUAUACACCUGUUGAGGGGUGUAAUGUGGGACGAUUAUGGUGGAAUGGCGUACAGAGGAGAGAUUUGUACCAGACGAUCGCUGGGCGUUGAUGCGUGGAACUACUGGGGUUCCCUCGGUCCUUGGUUAGCAUUAUCUCAUGAACUUGGACACAACUUUAACUUUGACCACGAUAACAUUUGGUCUUGUAAGUGCCUUUCACCUCGUGGAUGCGUUAUGGGUUCCUUCAAGACCCGAGUUCCUGGUUUCUCCGACUGUAACUUGCUUAACAUGACAAAGAUUGACGACAGCUGUCUUUACAAUCUUCCAAAAAAGGCAGAGAACUCUAGAUGCGGAAAUGGUAUUCCAGAGCCUGGAGAGCAAUGUGAUUGUGGUACACCAGAGGAAUGUAGGGUACGAGAUCCCUGCUGUCAGCCAAAUGACUGCCGCUUGAAGAAAUCCUCCCAAUGUAGUGACGCGCAGAACAAAUGUUGCCGGAAGUGUCAAUUUUCCCCACUUGGAACGCUGUGCCGUAAAAGCAUAGGAGUCUGUGAUGUGGCAGAAGUUUGUUCCGGAAAGUCUGCUCAGUGUCCUCUAGAUGACCAUGUCAAAGACGGAAGCUUAUGUGCAGGGAGGGGAAAGUCAUUUUGUUAUCAUGGAAAAUGUGCAGCAUCAGCGGAUUUUCAAUGCCGAGCUCUUUGGGGAGCAGGUGCUUCAAGUGCUCCCCGCGCCUGUUAUGAAAAACUAAAUAUUGAGGCGCAAGGCUUUGGAACUUGCAGUGGGCAGACAAAUCUUCCUUGUGCAAGAGAGCAUGCUGUAUGUGGUCAGCUGCAAUGCUCUUCGCCAAGAGAUCGGCCAGUGGUGGAUUAUGGGAGUUACUAUGAAUUAAAAGUUCUGACCACAGGAGAGAAAUGCAGGGCGGCUAUUCGUAAGGGAGGAAAUGGGAAGGAGUUUGAUGGAAUGGUCAAAGAUGGAACAGUGUGUGGUAACAACAAGAUUUGUGUUAAAAAUCGAUGCACCCAUGUUGGUCGACUGAUUUCAACGACGUGUCCAAGAGCAGGUGAUGGCAAGGAAUGCGCGGGCAAAGGGACAUGCACGAAUAAGGGAAAAUGUCACUGUCUGGGAAAUUUAGAUCCGGAUACAGCCUGCACAACAGCGAAACAAGUGCGCCAUGGCCGCUGGGGCGCAUGGUCUAAAUGGAGCCCAUGUUCAAAAGUUUGUGGAGGAGGAAUGAAGACAAGGUAUCGCUUUUGUGACAGCCCAGCCCCAGCACAUGGAGGAAGAGACUGUGGUAGGAAAAGGACAGGAAAGUCUUCCUGUAACACUGACAAUUGUCCAGUGGCACAUUCUUGUCGUCAUCUUUUGUCUCUGGGAAAGCAAACUGGCGUCCAGUUCCCAGACGGAGUGUACACAAUCAAUCCUGACGGAAAGGGACCGGUGAAGACAUACUGCGAUAUGACACGUGACGGUGGCGGCUGGACACUUUUGGUCACAAGCCACACAAACACGUGGAAAGCUGAUAACAUCAAACAGAGAAAUCCGAAUAGGCCGACAUUAAAUGGAGAUUUUUCCAUUUUGUACAAAGCAGACGACAUCAAAAACAGUUUAAAUGUUGCCGGGGAAUGGUUUGAGUAUCGAAUUGAAGGCCACGAAAGGGGUCGCUGGGGUGGAAUCUGGCGCGCUCCACGUGAGUACACUUUUGUUGCUACGGACAACAAGCAGACGUUUGUCGAGUUGGUAAAGAAAUUCGACAAUUGGAAAUACGACGAUUAUGGAGUGGAGAAAAGAAUGCCUUGGAUUUCUGGUCCUAAGUUAACGACUUCUUGGAAUGCCACUGGAGACCGUCAGUGGGGAACUCUGAUCGCCAAUUCUAAAAUUUUCUUUCCGGCGCCUUGGUUGGACGGCAAAGAUCUUGAACAGCACCCAGUGAACAUUUGGUACUGGGUCAGAGAACAGAGCUUUAGUCCUCCGAGGUCAUGUGCUGAGAUCCAGCUGAGAGGUUCAUAUAGUAAACCGUUGACAGAUGGUUUGUAUACUAUUAAGCCUGGUCAUCGUCAAGUUCAGACCUUUUGUAAACUCAGUGACCAUGGUGGGGCCUGGACUCUAGUAUUGACGAGCGCAAGUGACAAUGGAUGGGCACGAGAUAACGUGAAGUCAAGAAAUAUCCACAAUCCUUCGCUGUCCUCUGACUUCUCCCUUUUAGGGAUGGCAGACAACAUUACGAAAAUGAAACACUUUCAGUAUUUGAUGGAGGAAGAUGGCGCUAAGACUUGGGAAGGAGUCUGGACAGGAAACGCUGGUUGCUCAUUUACCUCUGGUCGAUCAGACGGAGCAUGCGUGAAAUUAGUUCACGAGCAGGGACACUGGGAUGCCAGUCAAGUACACUCCACCAAGCGUCUGCCACGUCUGACAACUUCCGGUUAUGCAUUACUGACGAGUGCUGACGAUCAGACAAAUCUCAAUGGUGCCAUUGUGUUGGAUGCAACACAUGGUGUAAGUCGAGCGAGAACAGGCACGAAAAGACUCUGGGUGCGCGAGGGAACCUGGAGAUCCUGCAAUGAAAUUAAAAGUGAAAACCGUGGAAACAAGGCAGCGGAGAAGGACGGACUUUACUUUAUUUUAAGGAACUCCCAUGAGUACUUGCCCGUUCAUUGUGAUAUGACGUCAGAGCAAGGAGCUUACACUCUACUCGUCACCAGUGCUUCGAAUGGUUGGAAAAAGAACGAAGUCAAACUCAAGAACCCCACGAGGCCGUUGUUAUCGAGGGACUACUCCAUACUUGAGUACGCUGAUCAGAUUAAGGCUUUAAGUGGAGCAAAAAGGUUUAAGUAUCGUCUAGAGGCCAACGAGAGAAGACACUGGGGCGGAGUUUGGACGGCUCCAAUGAGAUACAGCUUUGUUAACGAAAAUAACCAGCAGACAGACGUUUCUCUCGUGAAACGUUAUAACGUUUGGAAAUAUAACUGGCAAGACUCACUUGAGAAGCGCAUGCCAUGGUUAGGAGCAAGAUCGGGUUUAUUAACAACUUCGACACACUCGGAUUAUUCUGAAUGGGGAACGAUCAUCUCCGAAAAAACAUCCAACAAUCCUGCUCCUUGGAUAUACGGUGUAAUGACGAACCCAGGCUUGAUCUGGUAUUGGAUGAACGAGGGUAAAAUUGACAAAAAGCCAACUCCAGUUUAUAUUGCAGAAAGUCCGAUCAGAGCCUACGGUGGUUUUUGUCUUCAGCCUGAGAGUAAGGAUUGCAGUCCGGCGGACAAUACCAGACUGGUUUAUAUAAAGGAUACGCCAGAAUGUUCAAAGGAUUACAUGAUGUUCACCCAUCACAAUGAUAUUCUUACUCAUAAAUGUAGUGGAAAGAAAGUUUGUCCUUUAGGAACAGUGACCUGGCAAACAUCGCUGGUCUUAUCAAGCACGUGCCGAUCAGAUGCGUCCAAAUUCCAAAGGACUGUUUAUACAACUCUGAGACAUACAGCAUCCGGAUUCUGUGUGCAUCCCUUAUCCGGGACACCAAUCAGCAGUACGACAGCUAUAAUGUGGAAAGAUGAUUGCAGUGAAGAUAGACUUCGACUUGACUUCCUCAAGUUACAAGUUUUUGACAGUCCAAUACAAGUACCUGGGGGGUUCUGCCUUCAACCAGAAAGUGCCAGCUGUAAUCCUGCCGACAACAGUCCACUUGUCUAUCACCAAUCCUCUCGAUGCGACAAAUAUUACAUGUACUUCACUUACAAAGAUGAAGUCCUUAUGCAUACUUGCAGUGGGAAGAGAGUCUGUCCCGAGGGAAGAGGAGUUACAGCGGAUAUGCGUCUGGUUCUCUCCAGUACCUGUGAUUUAAAUAUGUCAAAAUUUCAAAGGACCCCUCACAAAACAUUGAAACAUAAGGCAUCGGGCUUUUGCGUCCAUCCAUACAGAGGUCAACCCAUGGAGGGAGUCCCUGCUGUUUUUUGGAAAGACGAUUGUAACGAACAGAGGCUCAUACUGGAUCUUUAUAAGCUCAGGGGUCCUGGGUGAAACUCACCGAGAUAUUGUGAUUCACAGUCUUAAGUGAAAGUGUACUUAUACUCUGACAAGUGUGACUAGGAGAAUUCACUAGUGUUAGACAAAAUAUCAAAUAAAGGAAAUCUGUGAUUAUUGGUUACCAGUUAUAUAUACUGCAUUUGCUUAUAAACUAGAACCCAAUCAUUGCAAAAGAGGCGAGCUUGCCUCUAAAGGCAAUAGUUGGAAUGUUGUUCUUGAAGUCUUGAAGUCUUUCUUGAAGUCUUUAAUAAACCAUAGGAUAAAAGAUACAUAUCCUAUGUUACAUAAACGAGAAACUGUGUAAUUAUAAUUACAAUAAUACAAUAAUAAUAAUAAUAAUAAUAAUAAUAAUAAGUUUGGCUCGAUUUGGUCACACGCUGGAGAAAUACGAAAAUGACUCAACUACAUUCUGACAUGAUGCUUUGGUGAUUGCUCUGAUCUCAUAACAAGUCCACUCCCCUAGUUUUUAGAGUAAAAUCUUCAGUAAGUUUUCACCUCGCACGAAAUGAUUGCUUAAGAAAAGACUGAAUAAAAGGGGCUUUUUGAGUUGUU